AUGCCGUCGUUUCCAUACCUCGCCAAAGCGACAAUCAAGUACAAGAGUCCGCACAAACAGGACCUCACCUUUGCCAAAGGAGAAAUUAUCCGUGUCACAGGCGUGGCUCCAAAGACCGACCCUUCAGACGACGAUGACGACGAUGACGACGACUGGCUGGUAGGGGAGACGCUCGACGGCUCAAAGAACGGCACCUUUCCCGGCAGCUUUGUCGAGCCUUCAGACGAGCUCGAAGAGGCGCCAUCGCACGAAGCUGAAGCCAAGAUUGCAUCUGCCAUAGCACCGACCUCUGCUCCCGGCGCAAUCUCAAGUGAAGUUCCUGCCGGCCUUCAAGGCUCUGUUGUCGAAGAGGAACCGCCAUCGCAUCAAGCUGAGCCGAUCCCAGAAGCGGCACGAGAAGCAGCACGGAAGAGCGAGACCGAAGAAACCGGCUUCGGCGCGCCAUUGCCGCCUAGACCGCCCUCUCCCGAUGAAGAUCAUGACCAAGCCGCAGCCGCAAGUGCAACGCAAGUUGACGCUGCCGAACCUGCUGUCGCUGCAGCCGAGGCUGCGCCUGACGCACUCAAAGCUACUGAUGGUGCUUCCAAGGGGGCAGCCGGAGCAGCUGUCCUAGGCGCUGCAGGUGGCGCUGCCGCCAGUAGCAUUGCCGACGCUUCCAAGGCCGAAGUGACUCCGGACUCGAAAGCCACUGCCUCGUCACCGACAAAGUCUCCACCUGCCGUCGCAUCGAAGCCAGUAGGGAUGUCGAGCUCCUUCCGUGAUCGACUCGCUGCGUUCAACAAGCCGGCGGAGUCGGCGCCUCCUCCGGUCCCCAAGGGUAAGCCUGGUGGCUGGAAGAGACCUGCAGCUGCCUCAAACGAGGCCAAGCCUCUCGUUCCAGGCGCCUCAGCGUCCGCCUCGACAACAGCCGCUGUGAAGACGGCUGCUUCUGCAACUGCAGCGCAGACGAACGAGGCAACACCCUCGAGCGAACCAUCGGCCGCAGGCGGCGCAUUCAGUGCUGCCGACGCGCAAACCUCUAUCAAGAUGAGUCUCAAGGAAAGAAUGGCGGCCCUCCAACGCAACGAGGCAGCCGCGGAUGAGUCUGCUCCGCAGACCAAGCCUAAGCCGGCGGCCCCAGGCAAGAUCGGAGCCGAUCGUCGCAACGUUGCUAUGCAGGGCAUGGGACUCGCUCCAGGAGCACCGGUUCCCGCGAGAAAGUCGAGCGUCGAGUCCGGCAGGAGUGUCGACGAGCCUACGGCUGAGCCCAGCGCGGCACAAGAAAGUUCCCAGUCAGACGCGCAACCCGUCGCAAGCGAGGAGAAUGACCACGAUGCAAAUGAUGCACAAGGCGCCAGCGCAGAAGCGGGCUCAGUCAAAGAGACUGAAGAGCUUGAAGAGUCGGCUGAGCCGAAGGAGGCUUUGACUGAGGAAGAGCAGGAAGCGGAGCGACGUGCCGCCAUUGCGAAACGUAUGGCAGCCCUCGGCGCUCGUCGCAUGGGUGGGGGUCCUUCACCGUUUGGGGCCCCCGCUCCUCCUGCCCGCACGAAGACGAAUUCCAGCGUCGGAUCUGUCGAAGGCACUACCUCUGAGCCCGGCAUCAGCGUCCCUGCUGAGACUGCAGCCCCUACAAGCAACGAUGAGGUCAAGGAUGCGUCCGCCCCUGCUGCCGCCACUACCGAAAGCUCUGAUAGCGACGUUCGCUCGCCGACGAGUCAAGAAGCCGACGAGGAGCCAAAGGUGCUUGCAGUGCCCAGAAGAACGGCUGCCCCGCGCAAGAGGAAGCCGGCGCCUCAAGCCGCCGCCUUCGCUGCAGGUGUUGCUGCUGCCGGUGUUGCGGGAGGCGCGGCUCUUGCCGACGCGAGCGAGCCCGCCGAUCCUGCUGCCGAGAUUGAUCAGAAGGAAGACGUUGCAGAGGCUGCUGUGGAUCACGCCGAUCCGGUUGCCGUUCUUGCUACACCAGAAGAGGAAGCUGAACGCGUUGACCAGGAGGCUGAUGAGACGACCGUUCAGGCUGCCAGUGCCGACGAGCCUAUUGAGGCGGAAAGCACUGCUACGCAUCGGGACGACGAUGCUGAACAGCAGCUCGAAGAAAGCGACCCGGAGAUUGCAGAGAACCAGAGACAGCUGGAAGAAUACCUGCGAGGUGAGGGCUUCUACGAGGAUCAGGUCGAGCCUGCUGCUGCUCCUCAACCCGAAUUUUCGGCAGCCGCGCGUGGCAUCGAAGACGAGUCUCCUGGAACAGAAGCAGAAGUCGGUCAGCCUCGUGCCGUUCCGAACGUGCCUCGAGAGGACUUGACUUCUCCCAAGCCACCUAGCCGUCCACCGAGCACUCGUCCACCCGUACCCAAAACUACUCUGCCACCACCUCCUGUUUCCGCCGAUCACGAAGAUGCUAUUGCUGCUCGUGCACAGAGCCCGUCGAUGUCUGGCAUUCCCGCCUCCACGUCCAGACGCGGAAGUGCGAUUCCGCCCAUUCCGACAUCUGUUCUGCCAACGCCAAUUGAAGCUGCUGCCGAUGAGGUCGAUGAGCCCGAAGCACAAGCUCGCUCAGUCGAGCAAGACGAAGCAGGUCCUGUCCUCGCAGCUCCCAGGCCGCGCAUGGCUGUACCUACGGAGGAUCCGGAAGACGAGCAGUUGUUGGCCGCUGCUGAUGCUCCUGCUACAGCGGGCGAUGGCGUGGAUGCAUCAGAAGCGACAGUUUCCGAUCAACCGGAGGAACAAGAGCUGACAGAGGAGGAGCAAGAAGCGCAACGAAGAGCCAACCUUGCUCGCCGAAUGGCAGCCCUGGGCGGUCAAAGGAUCGGCGCUUUCCCCGGAAUGGCUCCUCCUCCGAUCAUGGGUGCACCCAUGCCUGCUAGGAAAGCGCCUGCGCAGGAUGCGGGAGAGACGGAAGAGCACAGCAAUCAGGCGGAUGGUGCCGAGGAGCCGAGCGAACUUGACGGGCAACUGUCCCCUCGAGGUCCACCGCGAGGCGGGAUGGCCAUUCCUGGACUCACUGCCGUUCCUGGCAUGAAUGCUCAACAGGCCGAGGAUGACGCCUUGGAGAGAGCAAAGUCGCCGGAUGCUGCUGGCGCCGAAGCCCCGGCACGACUUGCAAGCCCACCGCCUGUUCCCACGAGCCCGCCACCCAAGCCGAUGUCGCCGCCACCUCCCGCUCGUUUGCCUCCGACAGCAGGCGAAAAUGUGAGUGCGCCGCCAACGCUUCCGCCUGGUCGACCGUCUAGCACGGUGCCUAUGCCAAGUCUGGAUGAAGCAGUACGCUCUGCGAGCCCGGCCAACAGUGCUUUGGGAAGGCGCACCUCGAUGAAGCCACCCGUUCCGCAAGGUAUCAGCGCGCACUCUCGAGAGUCCUCGGCCGUUGAAGAGCAGGAGUUGGCUCAAGAUCGAGAGCUAGCGACGAGCCCUCCGCCUCUGCCCGUCAGUCCACCUCCCCUUCCUGUGAGCCCACCCCCUCGGCCUUCGUCGAGGGCACCACCACUCCCCGGUGCUGCUGGUGUGCCACCCCGUCGUCAAGGCUCUUCCGCCUCGUACACAUCGAUGGGAGCAGUUGGCCAUUCAGACGUGCCUGGUGUGCCGUCGGCGAACACGACGCCCGCGACCGAGUUGCCGGGCGCAUCUGUGCCCGCAAGGACGGAAGCUAGCCUGCCUCCGACGCCUGCUGCUUCAAACGCGCCCAUGAGCGUCAAUGUCGGCGCGCGACAGUCGUCUCGUGACCUUGAUUUGAUGCCAAGCAGCCGAUGGUGGAGGCACGGCGUCAACCCUUUGCGUCUGCCGCCGACGGUGGCUGGUCGGCCCGAUGCGAUUUUGUACGCCGACACGUCCUCGAGCACCGACACCGGCGUAACUGUGCAUCGAGCUGACGUGUACAUGCUGUUCGAGGACUAUUCCACCACGGUCAUCUCGUUGAGCUUCCAAGACGAUGAUCACGAAGAGACGCACACCUCGCUCUCGCAACGACACAACUUUGCACCGUCCAAGCCGUCAAGUGCAGAGCUGAAACAGUGGUCCUCCUCGAUUGGUGCCCACAUUGCCAAACUCGCUUUGGACUCCGCCAAGCAGUCGAACGCUCCGAUCGGCGACGGCUCCCCGCGCGCGCUUGUCCAACAGAUCAUCUCGGCCACCCCCUCGCUACCUCCAGUCGGGUCAUCACUCGGUGCGCUGAUCCUCACCCAAGUCGGACCCACCGUCAUGGACACGGGAGCCGACGAAGUUCGACCCGGCGACAUCGUCCUCUGCUCGCAGGCCGACUUCCGAGGCAAGAAAGGUCUCGCUCCGUACCACACCACCUUGGGCGCGACAGAACCCACUCCUGCCAUCGUGGUAGAGGUGGAGAGCAAGAAGAACAAGCUCAGGUGCGUGCUGCAGAGCCCCAGCUCUAGGAAGGGUCUCCCGGAAGAGGUCAGUUUGAGGCUGGACGAUUUGAAGAGUGGCAUCGUCAAGGUGUUCAGGGUGCCACCCAGACAAGGUUGGGUUCAGAAUUGGUAG